GCGCCCGCCCGGCCGGCCCCCGCCGCCCUGCGCCCUGCCCCUUCCCGGGCGCGGGAUGAGCGCGCCGGCGACGCGCGCCCCGCCUGCCUUGGCCACCUGCGCCUGAGCGCCGAGCGGGCGCCGGCAUGGAGCGGCGGGUGCUCUGCGGGCUCCUCUACUGGCUGCUGCUGCCGCUCUCGCUGCUGGCCGCGUGCCUCUUCCGGUUCAACGGACUCUCCCUUGUGUAUCUUCUCUACCUCCUGCUCCUGCCGUGGUUCCUGGGUCCUACUGAAGACACCAUUAAAGGUCACACAGGACGCCUCCUCCGAGCCCUCCUGGCCACCAGCAUCCUUUUCCUUGUGGCCCAUCUCGUCUUCCAAGUGUGCCUCUAUACUGUGCCCGCCUUGGACCAGCUGCUGGGGAGCAACUGCAGUAAAUGGCAGAACCUCUCCCUGCAUGUUGGGGUCACGAGACUGGACCUAGAUGACAUCCCAAACUCUGUGCGCUUGGUGGCCCCUGACUUGGGGAUCCUCUUGGUCUCUGCCAUCUGCCUUGGCAUCUGCAGCCGCCUGGAGCCCUCCAGUGCUCCUGCCACCUGGAGCAGAAGUUCAGAAUCCAGCCACCUCCCGGAGCAGGAAGAGGCAGCAGUGGACGAAGGUCCGUCAAGGUCGCAGGGAGCUGCCAGUGCACAGGCCGAGACUUCUCCUAGGCGGCGGGCACGGCUGGCUGCCCGGCUCCGGGUCACCGCACACUGGCUCUUGAUGGCCAUUGGGAAAGUCCUGGCUGUUGUAUUGCUGGCGCUGGCAGGGAUCACCCAGCCGUCUGCCUUCUCCAGCGUGUACUUCCUGCUCUUCCUGGGCACCUGCACCUGGUGGGCUUGCCACUUCCCCAUCAGCCACCUGGGCUUCAACGCCUUGUGCGUCGUGGUGGACAUCUUUGCUGGAGGACACCUCGUCUGCCUGUAUGGCUACCAGACCCCCUUUAUGCAGGAAACCCUUCCACCCGCUGACCUCUGGGCACGGUUGUUUGGCUUGAAGGACGUCAUCCGGCCCGAUGCCUGCAGCAAGCCCAACGCGCUGCUCCUCAACGUGGACCUCCCGUGGCCUGUGUAUGCCAACCCGGGCAUUUUGUUAGUUCUCUACUACGUCUUGGCCACCCUGGUGAAGCUCCGCAGGUCACAUUCUUGCUACCAGCGACAAGAUGUUCCUGAUUCAUCGUCGGAGCUCCUGGAGCUGGAGAAUUGGCCCAGGGACCAAGAUGGCCUUGCUGAAGAUGCCAAGCCCAUGCUGGCUUCUGCAGCUGACGGUGAGAACUGCACGGUGCACGUGAUGGGAGAAGCCGACCCACCAGCUGGCAGGAAACGCGAGCGGCGGCGUAAGGAGAAGCAGCUGCUGCAGUCGCUGGGCCACGUGGUCAUGACCCAGAGCUACGUCUGCGCCCUCAUUGCCAUGAUGGUAUGGAGCAUCACCUACCACAGCUGGCUGACGUUUGUGCUGCUCCUCUGGGCAUGCCUGAUCUGGAUUGUGCGCAACAGGCACCACUUUGCAAUGCUCUGCUCCCCCUUCAUCCUCCUCUACGGGAUUGCCCUCUGCAGCUUGCAGUACGUCUGGGGCAUGGACUUGGAGAAGGAGCUGCCCACCAAGGUCGGCUUCAUGAGGCUGGAGCAGCUGGGGCUGGCCCGACCCGAUUACCCCUGUUUGACCUUGGGAGCGAAGCUCCUUUACACCCUGACCUUCUGGCUGCUGCUGCGGCAGUUUGUGAAGGAAAAGCUGCUGAAGAAGGCCCCCCCUGCCCCCUUGGUGGAGGUGACUGUGUCAGACUCAGGGCCAGGCCACAAGCGGAACGUGCUGAAGACCUUGGGGGCUUACGUGACGGGCUUCUUCGCCAAGUUCUGGAUACUGGUUUGUGCCGGCAUGUUCAUCGUCGUCAGCUUUGCCGGGCGCCUGGUGGUGUACAAGAUCGUCUACAUGCUGCUCUUCCUUCUCUGCCUGACUGUCUUCCAGGUGUACUACAGCCUCUGGCGCAAGCUCUUGAAGGCCUUCUGGUGGCUUGUGGUGGCCUACACCAUGUUGGUGCUCAUUGCCGUUUACACCUUCCAGUUUCAAGAUUUCCCCAUGUACUGGCGCAACCUAACAGGAUUUACCGACGAGCAGCUAGGGGACUUGGGCCUGGAACAGUUCACCGUGACCGAGCUGUUCUCCAGCAUCUUCAUCCCGGGCUUCUUCCUGCUGGCCUGCAUCCUGCAGCUGCAUUAUUUCCACCGCCCCUUCAUGCGCAUCACUGAUCUGGAGCGUGCAGCUGCACCAGAGCUGCGUGACCCACAGGACUCGGGAAAUGAAGAGGUUAGUGGGAGUUGUGCUCUUUUACCGCCUGAGGACGGAGAGGCCGAAGGCCACGAAGCCAAAGAUGCUGCUGCUACUGCAUCUGAAGAGCGUGUGCCCAGCAAGUGGGGCCUGGUGCUGAAACGCUUGAUGGUGCUUGGCCAGAAGUUCUCCAACGUCGUCAGCCGCCUUCAGGUCUUUUUGCUGCGCCUUCUCGAACUGCACAUCCUCAAACUGGUGGCGCUCUACAUCGUCUGGGUGGCGUUGCAGGAGGUGUCGGUGAUGAAUUUCCUGUUGGUGGUGCUGUGGGCCUUUGCCGUGCCCUGCAGCCGCUUCCGCCACGUGGCCUCCUGCCUCUCCACCGUCUGGGUCUGCAUCCUCAUUGUCUGCAAGAUGCUGUACCAGCUGAAGAUCGUCGAUCCGGAGGAGUACGCCAGCAACUGCACCCGGCCAACGGCUCCCAACAGCACCAACCUCCUGCCAGAGGAAAUCGGGAACUCCACGCUCUACAAGGGCCCCGUCGAUCCGGCCAACUGGUUUGGCAUCCGCAAAGGAUUCCCCAACCUGGGCUACAUCCAGAACCAUCUGCAGGUACUGGUUCUGCUGGUUUUCGAGGCCGUGGUGUACCGGCAGCAGGAAUACUUCCGCAGGCAACACCAGUUGGUGCCCCCGCCCACCCAGACGGUCUUUGAGGGCGCCACGCGGCAGACCUUGGACCAUGGCUUGCUGCAUUGCAUCAAAUACUUCAUCAACUACUUCUUCUACAAGUUUGGCCUGGAGAUCUGCUUCCUGAUGACGGUGAAUGUGAUUGGUCAGCGCAUGAACUUCAUGGUGAUCUUUCACGGCUGCUGGCUGGUCGUCAUCUUGACACGCCGAAGGCGUCGUGCCAUUGCCCGGCUCUGGCCCAAGUACUGCCUCUUUCUGGCUCUCUUCCUGAUCUUCCAGUACCUCCUCUGUGUUGGCAUCCCUCCAGCACUCUGCAUUGACUACCCAUGGAGAUGGAGCCAAGCCAUCCCUGUUAACUCUGUCCUCAUCAAAUGGAUGUACCUCCCUGACUUCUACAUGAAGCCCAAUUCCAUCAAUCUCCUGAGUGACUUCCUCCUUCUCCUCUGCGCCUCUCAACAGUGGAAGGUUUUUGUGGACGAGCAGACCGAGGAAUGGAAGCGGUUAGCUGGUGACAACUCGGAGCAGCUCGAACCGCUGAAGGAGAAGCCAAACCCGGUGCCCAACUUCAUCAAUUGCAGGUCCAACCUGGACAUGCUGAAGGUGUGUGUCUUCCGCUACCUCUUCUGGCUGGUGUUGGUCGUCGUCUUCGUUGCGGGCGCCACCCGCAUCAGCAUCUUCGGCCUGGGCUACCUGACGGCCUGCUUCUACUUGCUGCUCUUUGGCACUGCCCUGCUGCGGCGCCCCCUCAAGGCCCGGCUGGUGCUGUGGGACUGCCUCAUUCUGUACAACGUCACAGUCAUCAUAGCCAAGAACUUGCUGUCGCUCCUGGCCUGUGUCUUUGUCCAACAAAUGCAGAGCAACUUCUGCUGGGUGAUUCAGCUGUUCAGUCUUGCCUGCACCGUGAAGGGCUACUACGACCCUAAGGAUGUGGACAAGAAGGAGGAUUGCGCGCUGCCCGUGGAGGAAGCCGGCAUCAUCUGGGACAGCAUCUGCUUCUUCUUCCUGCUCCUGCAGCGCAGGGUCUUCCUCAGCUUCUACUUCUUGCACGUGGUGGCGGAUCUCCAAGCCUCGGCCCUGCAAGCCUCCAGGGGCUUUGCACUUUUCAAGGCCAGGAUGCUGAAGAGCAUGAGCUCCCACCGCCGGGCUGAGAUGAAGUCACUUGUCCAGCUGAAGCGGCAGAUGGAGCGGAUCCGGGCGAAGCAGGAGAAGUACCACCUGGGACAGCUCAAGGUCGACUCUGAAGAGGCCCUGGAGGCAGACCAGGAAGUGGAAAGUGCCAAGAAGGACCCUUCCCACCAGAGAAAGCGCUGGUGGCGCCCCUGGCUGGACCAUGCCACAGUGCUGCACUCGGGGGAUUAUUUCUUGUUCGAGACGGACAGCGAAGAGGAUGAGGACUCGGUUCUCGAGGACCAGAGGCCACCGAAGCAGAGCGCCUUCCAGCUGGCCUACCAGGCCUGGGUGACCAAUGCCAAGUCAGCACUGAAAGAGCGGCAGAAGCAGGAGAAAGAACAGCAAGUGCUGGAGCAGGCGGAAGGCAAGUCUCCUACUGGGGGGGUAUCUGACCAGUUUCUGCGCCCUGCAGACGGGCCCCUGGCCUCAUCCAGCGGGGCUAGCAACGUGGUCCAGCGGGUGUUGAACGUGCUGCACUUCCUGUGGGUGCUGUGCCAAGCCACGGUGGAUGGGCUGACCCAGUGGCUGCGGGCCUUCACCAAGGAACACGAGCAGAUGUCCACCGUGCUGCGCCUGGAGAGAUACGUGCUCACACAACAGCUGGAUCAGGCUGAGGAGGUGCAGAGGGCUAUGUUGGACGAGCUGUAUCAACCAGCAGCAGCUGUGGACGAAGUAUCGGAGGAGACCGCCUUGCCGGGGACCGUGGCAGAUUCUCCAAACAGCAUGGCUUCCAGUGGGUGCGAAGGGGCUGAGCUGCUCAGCACUGAUACCACCGGCUACGACACGCGAAGCGCCAGCGAGGAGCAGGUGGCCACCCUGGGCUCUCGAGACGAUGUGGUGCUCCUCCCCAGCAGCUCCCAAGAACUGCUCACCUACCCCCAGGCCAGGCCUCGCACGGCCAGUGAGUUGCUGCUGAACAGACACGUCUCCUUCGAGGAGCUGGAGGAGUCGGAGCGCUUCUACGCCUCCCAGAACCGCUUCCUGCACCUGCUGCUGGCUUGCUACCACUUCGUGGCGGCCCAUUCGGACCUGCUGUGCUACUUUGUCAUCGUCCUCAACAACAUGGUGACGGCCUCCGUCAUCUCGCUGGUCCUGCCGGUGAUGACCUUCCUGUGGGCCAUGCUGUCCCUCCCGCGGCCCAGCAAGCGCUUCUGGAUGACGGCCAUCGUGUACACCGAGGUGAUGGUGGUGGUGAAGUAUCUCUUCCAGUUUGGCUUCUUCCCCUGGAAUAGCUACUCCACUCUGGUGCGCCAGGAGGCCAAGCCCUUCUUCCCGCCACGCAUCCUGGGUCUGGAGAAGACAGACAGCUACCUCAAGUACGAUCUGAUCCAGUUGAUGGCACUCUUCUUCCACCGUUCCCUGCUCCUGAGUUACGGUCUGUGGGAUCAUGAGGAAAAUGUCUUGGCCAAACCUCAGCCUGAGGAAGUGGAGCCGGAGGCUUCAACAGAGGGUGCAGGUGUGGCCAAGCCCCUGCCACAAGCCGACACCGAAGCAGGACAAGUGGUGGGCCCAGAGGCGGAGCCAGAGCCCAAGGGAAUCCGUUCGCGAUUCAGGAAGAGAAAGGCAAAGAAGCGGAGCAAGGAGGAGAAAGAACAGCCCGCAGAAGAAGAGCCAGGGGAGCAGCCACGGGAAGAGGAGCAGGAGCAAGAGAAGUCAAGUCCAGCCCAGGAGAAACUGAAGGCUGCUGGACUCAGAGCAAAACGUGUCUGCGUUUCUGCGCUGCAAGUUGUGUACCAGCCGGUGCGACAGUUCUUCUGGGACAUUCUACACAGCGAGUACCGGGCCGCCACAGACGUCUAUGCCCUCAUGUUCCUGGCUGAUGUGGUCGACUUUAUCAUCAUCAUCUUUGGAUUCUGGGCUUUUGGGAAACACUCGGCCGCAGCCGACAUCACGUCGUCUCUCUCGGAUGACCAAGUGCCGGAGGCCUUCCUGGUGAUGCUGCUGAUCCAGUUCUCCACCAUGGUCAUCGAUCGGGCGCUCUACCUGCGCAAGAGCGUCUUGGGCAAGCUGCUCUUCCAGAUCGUUUUGGUCUUUGGCAUCCACCUCUGGAUGUUUUUCAUCUUGCCAGCCGUCACUGAGAGGAUGUUUAGCUUGAACACCGUGGCCCAGCUCUGGUACUUCGUGAAAUGCAUCUACUUUUCUCUGUCGGCCUACCAGAUCCGCUGCGGCUACCCCACUCGCAUCCUGGGGAACUUCCUCACCAAGAAAUACAACCACCUCAACCUCUUCCUCUUCCAAGGGUUCCGCCUGGUGCCGUUCCUGGUGGAGCUGCGGGCUGUCAUGGAUUGGGUCUGGACCGACACCACUCUCUCCCUCUCGGACUGGAUGUGCGUGGAAGAUAUCUAUGCCAACAUCUUCAUCAUCAAGUGCAGCCGAGAGACAGAGAAGAAAUACCCGCAACCCAAGGGGCAGAAGAAGAAGAAGAUUGUCAAGUACGGCAUGGGGGGACUGAUUAUCCUCUUCCUCAUCUGCAUCAUCUGGUUCCCGUUGCUCUUCAUGUCGCUCGUCCGCUCUGUGGUGGGCGUGGUCAACCACCCCAUUGAUGUCACCGUCACCCUCAAACUGGGGGGUUAUGAGCCCCUGUUCACCAUGAGUGCCCAGCAGCAGUCAAUCCAAGCUUUCACCCCCAAGGAUUACGAAGCAUUGACGGACAAGUUUGAACGCGAGCCGGUGGCCAUGCAGUUCAUCAGCCUGUACGGCUACGAGGAUUUGGUGACGGCCCGCAUCGAGGGCAGCUCCGGCUCGCUCUGGAGCAUCAGCCCGCCCAGCCGGGAGCAGCUGCGUGAAGAGCUGCACAGCGGUUCCUCGGAUAUCACCCUGCGCUUUACGUGGAGCUUCCAGAGGGACCUUGGCAAGGGGGGCACAGUGGAGUACACCUCUGAGAAGCACAUAACGGAGCUGAAGCCAAACAGUACAGAGCGGAGGAAUCUGGCGGGGCUGCUGCAGGGCACCCACGAUGCCCCAGUGAAAAUCCCCCACCUCUUUCCUCCUUACAUCCGUGCUCCCAAUGGCCCAGAAGCCAACCCUGUGAAGCAGCUGCUGCCAGAGGAAGAGGACAGCUACUUGGAUGUCGAAGUGCAGCUCAAACGUCAGCGCGUGGGGCCCGGCAACAGCAGCGACAGCUUCCUAGAGUGGUGGGUGAUCCAGCUGGCCAACUGUCAGCGCCGGGAUUGCAGGAUCCUACCCAUGGUCAUCUUCAGCGACAAGGUCAGCCCUCCCAGCUUGGGCUUUCUGGCAGGAUACGGCAUCAUGGGCCUGUAUGUCUCCAUUGUGCUGGUGAUCGGCAAAUUCGUGCGCGGCUUCUUCAGCGAGAUCUCGCACUCCAUCAUGUUUGAGGAGCUUCCGUGCGUCGACCGCAUCCUUAAACUCUGCCACGACAUCUUCCUGGUGCGCGAGACGGGGGAGCUGGAGCUGGAAGAGGAGUUGUACGCCAAACUCAUCUUCCUGUACCGCUCGCCUGAGACCAUGAUCAAGUGGACCCGGGAGAAGGAAUGAGAUGCCUGAAGGAGAACCGUGGUCUCUCGAUGCAGGAGAAGCGACGUUCCGGAGCCAUUCUUUCUCCGUGGGGAUCUAAAUAGGGACUGGGAGGGAAAGCUCUCCAGUAGCAGCCGGAUUCGGAAACUGCCUCUCCCCCUCCUCCUGCCUUGCCUAAGGCUUUCUAGGAGGGGCGGCCCGACCUCUGAGCCAUCCCUGCUGCCCCACUGCCUUUGGGGAGGGAAACAACACUGUCACUUUUUGAAAUAAACUUUUUUUUAAAAAAUGGCUCUAGAAGGGGGUAGGGGGUAUGCACCCACCCUUGUGCCUUGGGUUCCCUGGCUGGGAUGUUUGCAGCAAGAGGGGAAAUGGAGAGAGGGUGCGCCAGCACAGCAGCUAGGGAUUGACUGUGAAGGGGGAAUCCCUGCUGCUGAAAGCCCAGUGUGUGUUCACAGCAAUAACUUGCUUGUACCCUCCAUCACUCUGGGGCUACAACACUCCCCCCUUGACCUCACAGAACCACAAACCUUCCCAGCCCACCUGCCUCUUCCCUCCCUCCCACGUGUGAGUGCCACAGCCUCAGCAACGCUACCAGCCAGCCCCAGCUGCUGCGAACAAGGGGCAGCUGGGCCCUAAAGACUUUUUUCUAAGGAGGUGGUUUUAUUUAUACAGAUCUAUAUAAUAAAAAAAAUUAAAAUUAAA